GUCAUCUCAGAAUGGAUUUUACCUUCAUGAUAGAGCUCAAAAUCUACUCGAUGGAGUCAAAUUUGCGACAUCAAAUUUCGUGCAUAUUUAUAUCUACAACUAUGAAUGCUGACUUGUGAUGCUCCAUGUUGGCAUUUUGACUUGGCAGAUCCAAUUCGAAGGCCUGGCAGAAUUAAUGAAGCAGGUCUGAUUCAGUGUAAAAUGGAUGGUUCUGAGCAGUCUGGAUCAAGCCCAGGAUUGGAGAAUUCAAUCAUCCCUGCUGCUGGAAGGUCAGACAUUGAUCUAGAAAAGGGCAGUGAAACUGAAGUGCUAACUUGUGAGGAGUUUCUGCGCCUUGAGGAAGGGAAGAAGGAUCUAUUAGGACAGAUUGUUGAUGGUGAAAAGGAAGCUUAUAAGAUUUAUUGUGAUUAUGCUCAUUAUGUUGGAUUCAGCGUUCGAAAGGGAAAGAAUGCUUACUUUCUGGGAACAAAAAAUAUCAAAGCAAAGGAAUUCCUUUGCUCAAAGGCUGGUUUCAAGGAAGAUGAGCCUGAAGCUACUCACAGUAAACUUGAGAGUAGGACUGGGUGCAAGGCCAUGGUUAAAUUCGAGGUUGAUGAGAAUGGAAAGUGGAGAGUCUCUCGUUUGGUUGCGGAGCAUAAUCAUGAACUGGCUAAGCCUGAAGAAAGACAUUUGCUGAGAUCGGCACGUUCAGUUACAUCUGCAAAGAUGAGUAGUGUGUUCAGAACUUUGCUGGAUGCUGGAAUAAAGACAACAAAAGUAAGUGCUUAUCUUUUUGACGAAGGUAUCCGUAUCGAAAAUGUUAAGCUUUCGAGGAAGGAAGGGCAGGAGCUUAUAAACUCUCGAAGGUUGAUGGAGAUUGAGCCUGGAGACUCACAAAGCUUGGUAAAUCUAUUUAAGGAAAGAGCUGCACAAGAUGCCAUGUUUUUUUGGGAUAUACAACUUGAUAAAGAGGGUAAGCUAACUAACUUUUUUUGGAGAGAUGGUAGGUCUAGAAUAGAUUAUGACUGUUUUGGUGAUGUUCUGAUCUUCGAUACAACUCACAGAUUGAAUAAGUACAUAUGCUCACCAUUUCUAGGGAUUAAUAACCAUGGGCAGACCAUCAUGUUUGGGGCUGCUUUUUUAAUGGAUGAGAUGACAGAAUCCUUUGUGUGGCUUUUUAGUGCAUUUUUGAAGUCAAUGAGUGACAAGCUACCUAUCACAAUAUUUACAAAUCAAGAUGAAGCAAUGGAUAAGGCGACAGAGAUGGUAUUUUCUACAACACAUCAUCAUUUUUGCGGGUGGCACAUCUCAAAAAAUGUGCCUUCUCGCGUGCAUAAUUUUAAUUCUGACAAAGAACUCAAGGGCCUUUUUAAUAAAUGUAUGCAAGAAUGUGAUUCAGAGAUUGAAUUUGAAGAAACAUGGCGGAACAUGCUGGUUAAAGGCAACCUCGAAAGCCAUGAAUGGCUCAAAUACUUGUACGAAAGCCGUCGAAAAUGGUCUAAUGCAUUCAAUAAAGAUGUCUUUGAUUUGGGAAUCAAAUCGACGCAGCGGACCGGGAUCAAUAACAAUGUAUUGAAUGUUGUACCUAACACGAGCUCUCUCACAAAAUGUUUCCUUCAAAUUGAGAAGUUGCUGCAUGGUUGGCGCCAAAACGAAGCUAACGAAGAUUUCAAUUGCAAUCAAAGCAUGCCCCCGCGUGCAAUAAAGCAAAGUCCUUUUUUGAGGCAUGCUGCACAAGUUUAUACACACAAAAUGUACAAGUUAUUUGAGAGGGAGUUUCUUGAUGGGGUUGGUGGUGGACUCCUUUUUAAAGAGUUUCCAUGUGGAGGCACCUUGUACCAAUUCAAAAUGAAGAUGCAUGAUGAUGAGGGUCUAAAGGAAUGGAUUGUGAAUCUUGACACAUUAUCCAUGGAGGUAGAGUGCUCUUGUAAGAAGUUUCAAUCAAUGGGGAUUUUGUGUUCCCAUGCUUUAAGAGCAUUUAGUUUGAAGAACAUUGCUAGGUUACCAGAUAAAUAUAUUGUGAAAAGAUGGACCAAAGAAGCGAGGAAACGGAUAUAUAGUUCUGGGCAAAAUGGGACUUCUCAGCAGGGCCAUAUGGAGCCUGAAUCCAUUUAUCUGAAUCGUGUCAGUCGAUACUGCUACGAACUUGCUACGAGAAGCCAGCAGUAUGCAGGUGCAAGAAAAAUUUUAUUAAAUGCUUUAGAAACUGCUGAAAAGAGCAUUGACAACUUUUUCAGGUAACAAUGUUUAGCUGAUGCUAAUUCAGACAAAAGGUUGAAAAGAUCGAGGGAAGAGAAUGAUGCAGGAAAUCAAUUUCACCAUGGUGAAACAGCUCGUAGUAUCUUGCCUUCUUCUGUAAAUAUCAUGCUACCCCAAUACUGGAGCUCCCUUGAUGAUGUUAACCUACCUCAGCCUCAUAACUUAUAGGUCAGUCUUACAGUGUUUUUAUGAAUCUGUAAGAAAUCUGCUCACUUUUAACUGUUUGUAUAGGCUUUAAAAGUUUGAUGUGGCAUAAAGCUGACAUCUACAUUAUGCACUAAAUGAGAAUUUUAAUGAGGCAGUUGAUUUUUUUCUGCAAUGUUGGAUGCCUUCAUCUGAUUUUAAUGCUCCAUGACUUCAGCCAUAGUUACAGA